CAAGAAAAUCACGGUGGCAGAAGCGCGGAGACCUACUUUCAUUAUGUCGGAGUGUUACAGCUUAAAUUUCUUUUGUGGAAUUUACAGACGAUGCAAAUGAUAUAUUUUAUACAGGAUUUAAAAUGCCUGGAAUUGUUGUUUUCAAAAGAAGAUGGUCGGCAGGUUCCGAUGAUUUUGUUCUGCCAGCCUUGUUGUUGAUGAUUCUGCAUGGAAUAUGGCUAACCAUUCUGUGUAUUACAAUGGGGGUGACUGCAUCCGAGUAUGACGACUCAUGUUUCAUCGGGGGCAUGUCACUGCAGUCAUUUGACCUGGGAUAUGUAGUUUCCUUGGCAGCAGGACUAAUUUUAGAAAUAGUCCUUUUCUUGGUCAGCUUAAGGGGGACAAUUCUGGAAACGGAACCACGAGUUAGUGUUCAGUACAUCCUAUACACAAGAUUGGGAAUUUUGCUGUUUGAGCUGGCCUGGCAGAUAGUUGGUGUGGUCUGGUUAGCUAAACACUACAUGAGUUGCCCUUCGGAAACACCAAAGAAAGUGACAUUAGCUAUGAAUAUCUGUAACUGGUUAAUCCUGCUAGUCAUUGGGAUCAGUGUAUGGUGUACUUAUGACCACGCUGGGGGUAAGUGGGUGAAGAUGAAGCGAUUCCAGGAAAGUUUGAAAGAGAGGCAGACACGCAACAAAAGACCAAGUGGCAGGAGAAACUGGAGGCAAAGCAAAGCUGGACUUUUUGAGGUAUUAAUGCCAUUUUUUUUGUUGGUGCAACCUCUCCCAAGAAGGCGUAGUCUCCUUCGAUUGUUUUCAGCCUAUCUCAAAUCCCACAGGAAGACUAUAAGAGCCUAUGAAGAAAGCUGGGACCGACGCUUCAACCUGUUGUGUUGCUGUGUCGAAAGAAAGAAUAACAAUAGGAACACCAUUGCCGAGAUAGCCAAGUUGUUCACGGAAUUUUUCCGCGAUCUGGAUGUUGUUCCAUCUGAUGUUAUUGCAGGAUUUGUCUUGUUACGGCAUUAUCAGAGUCUCCGACGGAGACAUGUCGUGUCUCAGGACAAUAACGUUAUAUGUGAUCAUCUGUCUGGGACUCCUAUCACACCUACCACGUCCUUCUUACAACUGAGUCAACCGAACGUGUUAGCGGAGUACCAAAAGGUGAUCCAUUACAUGCGCUUAGCUCUAGCAGCGUACGGGUGGCCUGCCGUGGUAAUGAUGAAGACAGACGCCAACUGUUGCGGACUUCUUCCAAAGCUGAGGUGCUGCUGUUGUGUGAACAAACCUUUAUUGGAGUACGUCCAGGAUAACUGUUGUCAAUGUAACUUUGUAGCCUUGUUAAAACUCAGCCAGUUAAGAGAGUGUGACAUUGUGUAUGCCACAUACCACGUUGAUAUAGGAGAAACGCCGUUUUAUGUUGCCAUAGAUCAUAAAUACAAGACGGUUGUAAUUUGUGUCCGUGGAACGACUUCACUACAGGAUGUACUGACCGAUUUGAAAGCUGAUGCAGAAAUUCUACCCCUUAAUCCGCCCAUUGAGACCUGGGUAGGCCACAAGGGUAUGGUGCAAGCAGCUGUUUACAUAAAAGACAGACUGAAAGAGGACAAUCUUUUAUCCAAAGCUUUCAGCAAGGAUGAUGUGGAUGAAACAUAUGAGCUGGUAUUAGUGGGACAUUCACUCGGAGCGGGGACGGCCGCGAUUUUAGCUAUUCUUCUGAGACAGGAGUUUCCAAAUCUGCAUUGCUAUGCCUUCUCUCCUCCUGGUGGACUUUUAAGUGAAGCUUGUGUGGAGGAAACAAAAUCUUUUAUUACUUCUGUAGUGGUUGGUAAGGAUGUUGUACCGCGGAUUGGUUUGUCUCAGUUGGAGGUUUUGAGAGCUGAUUUGAUCAAUGUUAUCAAAAACAGUAAAGAACCUAAGUGGAAAAUCAUAGCUCGAGGAGUAUGUUGUGGGAAUGCAGAGGCACGCAAAAUGAAUUUGGAUGAAGUCCGGAUUGAAAUGGAGCGUGACAUUAGGGCUCACCCCUCUGAUGAGGACAUAGCUCUAUCCGCCCACACCCCUUUGUAUCCUCCGGGAAAAAUUAUACAUAUCGUCAGAAGCCAUCCGUCAGGAAAGCGGAAGUCGUUCCGCUGCUGUCAGCCACAUCAGCCUGUUUAUCAGGCUAUCUGGGCCAGUAAUCAUGCAUUUGAUGAAGUACUCGUUUCUCCAUCCAUGAUCAAUGACCACAUGCCUGAUUACGUUCUAGAGGCGUUAGAAAAGGUGUUAGUAAAUGUUGCUCCUCCAAAACCAGAAAGGAUUUUGUCAGAGGAAGAAAGACAAGCAUUCUUAGAUGAGAGAUCGCCAUCAGGAAAUACAUUAAAAGCUGAAACCAAAGAUGAACAAAACGUUAAUACGGAAGUAGAAACUCUCCCAAGGUUUCUCUACGAAAAGACGGACGAGGAACCCACAAUAACUGUAGGUCCAGAUGGACAACUUGUUGUGUAUAGCUCCAAGAAAAAGCCAAAGUUAUUGAUGGAUUUAAACAGUGAUGAACCAGUGGAAGCUCCAUUAGCUAGUCCAGAUACUUUGUCAGAGAGGUCAAGUGUGUUAAAUUCUUUGAGUCAGACAAGUGAAUUGGACAAAGGAAAAGAAAAUUGUAGAAUGACCCUGCAGAGUCCCCCUGCUCUUGAAACAAUUAAACAGUCCCCUGAAUUAAGAAAGCAUGAAUUUGUUAACAAAAGUAGUUCUAGCUGUGAGUCUCAGUGUAAACAGUGUAAUGGCAAUGUUGUAAAAACGUGUGCUGUUGUAGAAUCAAAUCCGCUUUUUAACAAGGAAUGCUCAGAUGGACAUCCAGAAAGUACACCCCCUCCUCCCAAAUUAAACGAAAAAGAGAACACAGCUCUAUUAUUAGUGAGUAGCUCUGAACGUCAUUCUCCAGAGGAAACAUUACAAGCAGAGUACGAAGAUCCAAAUUAUUACUAUACUGCUGCAGGAAUUGGAUAUCCACACGGUUCAGGUGCUUACCAUCCCCCUUUAGUAGUAACCAAUUUAACCAGUAGUGAUGGUGGUUCAGCAGCUACUCCUUUCAAAUCCAAAAGCGAUGUUGGAUGUGUAAACUCCCCCAUGCAUCGCAUAAAAUCUACUUGUCAAUAUCAAGAAACGGGUGAUAAUUCUGAAGAAACCUUGAAAACCUCUCAGUCUGAAUCUCACCUACAAACCCUUUCUGAAAAAUACAGAAUGAAACGUUCUCAAGAGCAGGGUGACAUCGCACAUUUACAAGACAGUGCUAAGGUCUACCAUUCUUCGAAUAUGCUGCCUAUUCGUGAAUCGCUUGAUUCCAUCGGGGAAGAUGAGGACUCUCAACUUUUGCGCGCCACAUCCACAGAAGGAAUAAGUGUAUUUACGUCCCCAUCAACUGAUUCAGAAAAACCUUUGUCUUCUGCGCAGUCUGAUGAUGUUUUUGAUCUACCAUUGGAAGAAAGUGAUGUUUAAUUUUAUCCAAUUUUGUUUACUCUUUUUAAAUUGUUUUUUAUCACUGUGGUAACUAUUUUGAAGGUUGAAAAUUUGAAUAUGUGUUGUGAAGAAGUCAUAAAGAUUUUGUACUUUUAGAAACAGAAAUCUGAUAACUGGACCACUUCUAAAAUAAAAACAAAUCAAUUUUGAAUAAUAAAUAUAGAGAAAGUUUAUCACAGAUCUAAAUGUAUGUACAUAAGAAGAGAUCUAGUAGUUAAACAUUAAGAUGAAAAAAAGCAACAGUUACUCCGACUAGUGGGCGGUCAAUUGUACUUAAAAAGCGUAGGGUGUGGGAUAGUGCUAAGUAAUGUUUUCUUUGGUCACUUCAGUAUCAGUAAAUAUCGGUUUUAUUUAGUUCCACUAGUCCACUCGUUAACACAGAAGAUAGCAAGACCAUAAAGAGAUGGAUAUAGUGUGAAAAUAUGGAUAGCAAUUAAGUGCAUUAAAGAGUUUUGUUUAUUCCAUACUGAGCAGUUUUUGAUUUAAAAUUUUGUUCAAUAAACUAGUUUUGUAAAUUUGAAAUAAAAAAUUAUUGUUAAUGAGAAUAACUAUUACUUAGCAAAAUUUCCUUUAUUAUGUCCAUUAACAAUUAAAAGAAAAGUCUACUUACUGAAAAUAUGUUGAAUAACAAGACAGUAUUAAUUGCCAUACCGUAGUGUAUAGUUCUUAAUUGCAAUAACAGGUAAUUUUUUACCACAAAUAAUGACACAUCUGAUUUAGUUCGAUGCUAUGACUUAAGAUAUUUUUUUCUGUCUGCAUGUAUGAAACUUCAAAAUAUUUUAUUUUUAACGGGUUAUUUGAUUUUUAAAACGUGCGUACUUAUUUUACAACUAUAUUUAUUUAGGUGCCAUUUACGACAUAUGAAAAUAGUGCAAUAUCAUAUUUAAUAUUUCAUAUUAUUUGUAUUUGAUAUUAUUUUACUUUCUAGUUUAUGUAUAGAGAGGCUUUUCCCCCUCUCAUCAUAUUUUGUUGUUGAAAGUCAUGCUCUUUAAUAUAUUUUGAAUUCCUUUAAAUUUUUCUUCUUCAUUAUCUUCCAAAUGCUUUAAUUAAAGAGAAUCUUAAA